AAAAAAACCGAACUGGUGACAUCACCGUCAGCUGGUCCCGCAGGAGACCCGGAAAGGCUCACAGGAAACGCAAUGCUCGGCUUAUAUCUCUGUAUGUUAAACUGAAUAUCUCAUUCUGUUUUCCAACUAGUCUGCUAUAAAGAAGUGCGUCACUGCCCCUUGAGGAAGGGAGGUCCUUCUGCGAUUCCCGAACUCUACUGCUGAUCCAUGGCCUCCAGCAUUCCAGUGGUGAAUGGGGACAUAUCCCAGGGUCCUCAUCAGGUGCCUGGGGGGGAGGCUUCUCCACCCAUGGGAUCCCUGGAAGAGACCCUUCUGCAGAUGACUGUCCUGAUCAAGGAAAAUCGUGACUUGAAGGAGGCUCUGAAGCAAACUAACUACACAAUGAAGGAGCGAUUUGAGGGACUGUCAGCGUGGAAGGAGAAACAGAAGGAAGAGAAGAACUUUCUGGAGGGUAAACUAGAGGAGGCCAAGGAGCACGUUAUAACUUUGACCAGCCAGAAUGAGGAGCUGAAGAGCAGGCUGCAGAUCCUGGAGGAGAAAACAGAAGGAGGGCCUGGUUGGGGUGAGGUGGUCAGCAAGAGCUCCGAAGUGGAGGCCUUGAAGGGACAGAUUAGCAGGCUACAGGCGGAGAAGAAUGACCUGGUGGCCAUGAACUCAGAGCUGCAGCUGAAGAUGGGCCAAGGAUGCCAUGAGGACUCCUUCAUUGAGAUCAGGAUUGCGCAGAAAGGAGAAGUUGAUGUGGCAACAGGCCUUCCAGGUGCCCAGAAAGACCCAGCCGGACCCAGCUCGCCCCAGUUUGACAUGACGGCGUCCCGCCUGGAGUCCGAGGAGAUCACAGUCAGGCAGCUACUGCAGUCCCUGAGAAAAGAGACCCAGAAGGUGGAGAGGCUGGAGCUGGAGCUCCAGGUGAUGAAGGAGAGACUGUCAGAGCCACCCAUGCCAGCAGGAAGGAAUGCCGAAAGUCAGACGUCCUUAGUGAUGGAGGAGAUGAAUCCAUUGACAGGAGAACCUCUGCGUGAAAAUGACGUACUAAACCAGCAGCGGCCUCCUGAUGAUAAGGAACAGGCCACCAAUGAGGUGGAAAGUCUGAAGGGGCAGAUGAUGACACUGUUUAAGGACCUGCAGCAAGCACAGGGCAAAUUAGAUAGUGCUGAGGACAUGAAGAAGAACCUGCAGGACAGGUACAGGGACGUGGAGCAGGACCGGGCCAUGCUGAGGGCCCAGCUGGUGGAGAAGCACCAGGUUCAGGAGGAGAAUGAGAGGCUGAAAUUGCAGCUGGAGAGCACGCAGUCCCUUGUCAAGUUGGAACAAAAGAAGGCAGAAGAUGAGAGGAAGAACCUAGCUCAGUUAAAAGAGGCCUACACCAAGCUUUUUGAAGACUACAAUGAGAUGAAGGAAGAGAGGAAGAAAAAGCAGCCCCUCACCACGGAGGAAGUGUGUGAGCUCCAGGCCAGGCUGUCCGCUGCAGAGCAGGCCCUGGCCGCGAAGCAGCAACAGAUUGAUGAGAUGAAGCAGGAUCUCUUCAAGAAGGAGAAGGAGCUUGACACCAUAUCUGUGUUCCAGGCACAGGCCGAGGUGUACUCCUCAGACUUCUAUGCAGAGAGAGCAGCCCGAGAGAAGAUCCACGAAGAAAAGGAGCGCCUGGCUACGCAGCUGGAGUUCCUGAUGAAGCAGAACAGUCAGCUUCAGGAGGAGGUGGAGUCCCUAGGCAGGCAGUCCCUGAAUGCGAUGCAGCGGCGACAUGUGUCACGGGGGGCCAGCCCACAUGGGGGCGCUCUACACAACCAGCAGGGGCCCAGAGGUGCCGAGGGCAGAGACUGGCAGCAGCAGGUGAACAUCCCAGAGCACGCCUGUCCCAAGUGUAACGAGAUCCUCCCCGACCUCGACACCCUGCAGAUCCACAUCAUGGACUGCAUCAUCUGAGCGCCUGCCCGCUUGUGCUUCCCUCCACUGAUAACUUUAAGCACUUAACAUAUAAGUACAGUAGCUGAAGUAAUAUAUACUGCCCAAAUGAAGCAGCGUGUUGCCAGAAUAUUUGUGUGGGUCACAUAUUGUGUACAGGCUAGUUGGUGGGAUUCCAUCCAUCAAACCAGAGGAGUGUUUGUGUAAGAGCACCAUUACUGUCUAUGUCAGGCAUACGGGACACAGCAUUACAUCGAAAGUGUAGUCGUUUGGUCCCACAGCCCAAAGGUAUAACUGUCUUGCACCUGUAUUCCUGUAUCACAUGAUUUUAUACUUAUAAUUUGUUAGCUAUAUAUGUAGAUUCUUCUUUUAUAACAGGGAAAAUAACCUGCAAAUUCCUUAGAAUGCAGGACACACUUGCCCUGAUAAAAUAAUUCAAGGUAUUUAAGCACAAAAUAAAAUUUAAAGAACCUAAUAGAAUAUAGUCAAGACAAUGGUUGGAUUUGGGAAUUUAUUUCCCCCCCCCCUUUCAGUUUUUAUUUAGAAACACAUAAAAAUGUCAUUUGUAAUGAAAAUGUUUUUCUUUCCUCUGCAAGGACAGGCCUUUGGAAGUUCUGAGUUGCUAGUUGUCUGUUGGAAUUAAUAAAUCACUGUGUGCGAGUGCCUUGUGACGGAUAGCUGUCCCAUUUGCUGUUAAUUAUGCUACUUUGCACCUUAAUGUUCCCAGUGUUCCAGUAAAGGGGCAACAUAUUACUGUACUGUGAAUCAACCAUAAAUUUGCCCUCAGCUUGCUGAAUGGUGUAGGGAAUACAUGCCUUUUCCCCAUCACCUCCAGACAAAUGAUAUGCUGUAACCAAGGACUAUACUCACUGCAUGCCCAACAACCACCCUCAGCUGUGACAGCAUUUCUGAUAGUGUAGUUUGCAGUGCGGCUCAUUGCUCAGCCUUGAACUACUAAAACGACUUUUUUGUUUUAAUUCUUAGUCAAACCAAUACUGAUUUACCUUAACAAAGGCAUAGGUGUUCAAAAGACUAUAUACAAUGUAAUUUAAAAAUGUAAAUUCUGUUCAUUUCGAUUUUUAAAGCCGCUUCAACUAAUUUUGAUUUGAGAAAUUACUGGGACAAACUAGAAAUAGAGGUUAUUUCAUUGUAACUUGCAUAUUGCUUGAACAACAAUAAAACAAACGACUUCACUGUUGCUGCAGUGUA